AUGGCUGUGUGUGCCAGGCUCUGCGGAGUGGGUCAGUCGCGGAGGUGCAGGCGGCGACAGCGGCAUAAUCAACAGGACCAGGGAAGUGACUCCGACAUGGACGAUGAGGAAGGGGUGCGGAUUGUGGGCAAGACACAAGCCGUCACUGGCGGCCCCGAAAACCCCUCGGCCGCGGCAGGGCCGAGUGUGGCCCAUGAAGCCACUGCUGAAUGUGGUCGUGCAAAUGUCAGACUUUCGUAUGGGCAAAGUGCAAGCACCGGACCACCGAACCCGCAGUCCCUGUUGGAUCUGCCCCCAGAGCUUUUGGUGGGAAUAUUCUCCUCGCUGCCGGGCACAGAGCUUCCAAACCUUGCGCUCGUCUGCAAGACAUUCAGGCAAAUCCUCAACACGGAAACCAUCUGGAGAAGGCGAUGCACGGAGGAGUUUGGCAUGAGGGAAGACCUGCGCAAGAUAGAAGUGGUGGGUGUGUCCAGUCGGGAGCUCUAUGCCAAAUUGCUGCACCCAUACAGACACAUCCUGGGUCUUUGGCAGCCUGACAUAGGGCCAUACGGAGGGCUGCUCAACGUGGUGGUUGACGGGCUCUUCAUCCUUGGCUGGAUGUAUCUGCCCCCCCACGACCCUCGGGUCGAGGAUCCCAUGAGGCGGCGGCCACUCUUCCGCAUCCACAUGUUGGAGAGCAACAAGGCAGCAGUGGAGUGUAUGUACGGACACAAGGGCCCUCACAAGGGGGACGUCCAAACUGGGAAGAAGGACGAGUUCUCGACCAAGUGCAACCAGACAGACCAUCACCGCAUGCCAGGGGGGAGGCAGGAGGAGUUUCGGACGUGGCUUGAGGAGGAGUGGGGCAGGACACUGGAGGACAUCUUCCAUGAGCACAUGCAGGAGCUCAUACUCAUGAAGUUCAUCUACACAAGCCAAUACGAUAACUGCCUGACGUACCGGCGGAUCUACCUCCCUCCACGACUGCCCUCUGAUCUGUUGCAGCCGGGCCUGUUCAAAGGCACCUACGGCAGCCACGGCCUGGAGAUCAUCAUGCUCAGCUUCCAUGGGCCUCGCGCCAGGGCCACCAAGCUCACCGGGGACCCCAACGUUCCAGCAGGCCAGCUAACGCUCGAUGUGGACCUGAAUCGGCCUGUGCACCUUCCGGACCUCGAGCACCAGCGCAGUGUGGAGGAGCUGUCUCGCCUGGUGCUGGGGGUGCAUGAGGAGGCGCAGCAGGAGGCGCAGAGCCCAGAUGUGGCCCCCCAGGGGGUUGCUGCUGGAGAUGGGGCUUUGGCCCCCCAGGGGGCUGCUGCUGCGGAUGGUGGCGGGGCAGAGGGUCUGGAGUUGGCUAUGGAAGCCCAAUCAGAGAGCCCCCAGCCUGGGCCCAGUAGCAGCAGCAGCAGUGCUUCCUCGGAGGCCCAGCCCUUUGUCCUGCCUCUGGGGGUCAUGGCCCGCAACGAGGUGUACCCCCGUACCUGCAAGAUGUGUUUCUACGGGACAGGCCUGAUUGCCGGCCACGGCUUCACGAGCCCGGAGCGCACGCCUGGCCUCUUUAUCCUGUUUGAUGAGGACCGCUUCGGCUUCAUUUGGCUGGAGCUCAAGUCGUUUAGCCUAUACAGCCGCCUGACCGACCAGCUGGCCCACGCCUAUGCCCCCAACAUGGAGCGCUUUGAGGCUAUGCUGCGCAACAUGCAGUCCUGGACAUCCUGAUGGGGCAGACCCACACGUCUCAUACAAACACGUUUACUUAGGCCCCUACACACACCCCGAUGUGUGCACCUGGAAUACCUCUAGGCCCCAAGUUUGUAAACUAUAAGUAAUGCCCAUAGUUUUUUCCUGAUUAGAUCAUGUGGUUAGGAAAAACUCUUGGCCCUAAUUAUCACUUAUGUAUGUAUAUUUUCCCUCUGUAGACCCCGAAAACACGAUAUUUACCCUCACCGAUCCCUGUAGAAUCACUACUGUAUGCACACACAGCUUUACAACCCAACCACCUCGACUGGACAGAAACAACCUUUAGCCCCCCUACCCCCUAGGCACCUAAAAGUCCACCUAGCCUAUCGGAGGGAAAUGUGGAGAUAGUACCAUAUCGCUUAUUAUCUAAUUGUCUCUCCCUGUCCAAUGUUUCCCCUCUGCUUACCUCCACGUGACCUCAGUAUCUCUACUGCUAAGGCAUGUCCACAGGUCAUAUGAUAUGACACUAAGGCUGCGUUUAAACAGGCAGCCCUAUUCUGAUAUUUUUCCCACUAAUUAGUCUUUUGACCAAUUUGAUCUUUUCACAUCAGAUCUUUUUCGCAGCUAAUCUGACUGGUCAAAAUACCAAUUAGUAGCUGCCUGUGUAAACCCAGCCAAAGGCUUCCUCAAAAGCUUCUUAUUUAUUUUUAAACCAAAGAAGAGGAUUUGAUGACGUUUCAUCCCACAAACUCUGGAACAAAGUAUCCGUGCCUCUAUGACUGCAUUUUUAGCCAAAUUCUUUUGCUUUUUUUCACUCAUUGAUCUUUGGACCACUCAGAUCAGCUUUGAAAAAGAUCUGAUGGGAUUGGUCAAAAGACCAAUUAUUGAAAACAAAUCAGAAUUGGGCUCCCUAUGUAAAUGCAGCCCAUGAGUUCUAACUAUAUACCAUGUCUGCAUUGCCUAGGGAUUUCCUAUUCAUUCUACUAAAGCUAUUAUUGUGUAACUAUUUGAAUGCCUCAUGUUUGGAUGCAUGCAGCAUUUAAUUUGUUUAAUGCCACCUGUCUCUAAUGAUCUUAUUCACAAUCCGAUUAAAUGCUUUUGGUUUGCUGUAUAUUGCUUAUAGUUUGGUGCACAGAUGGCAUUAUGGAAUUGGAAAAGACUGCAUCUCAGGCACUUUCACUUUUUUUGUCACUCGGUCAAGGAAAAUAUACUGUAACUAUGUUAAUAUUACACAAUGGGGCAUGUGCAUAUAACAAAUGAUUACUUUUUAUUUGCAAAAUACUUCUGAUGGAUAGUAUGUAGUAAAAUGGAAAUGUUGAAUGAAUGGAGAUUUGAACAUUGCGUCUUUGGUACAAGCUUAUGCUGUACUGUAGCUGUACCAGCCAUUCCUAGUUGGACUGAUAGCAUUGUUCUUUGAAUGCUUUUAAUAACAGGGUGUUAUAAAGAUAUUGCAACAUCCUCUAUAAUAAUGACCGUUUGCGAAACAUUGCACAACACAAAAUGUAAUUCAAGGUACUCUCAUACUUUACAUUAUUUACAUUGUGAAAAAUGUGUGUGUGUCUCGCAUUAGCCAACAGUGGUGCCCAGGGGGUCUCCUAUUGCAAGUGAACUUUUCUAGGCAGGUCAGUGGAUGGUUGUCUCUCAACUCCUCUAUGGGUCCCUUUCUUUUACUCCUUUCCUUCAUGACCACAAAUGGCUUGAAGGACCAGGAGGGUUUUUCCACUAAUGGCUUUCACCAGUCUUGUCCUGUCACCUGACAUGUCAGUGAUCAUGGAGGGCAGGACAUAAGGAAAAUAAGCUAGUGGGCAGUAUUGAGACAGUCACUAUCUCAUGGGAGGCUUCAUUCAAAGCAGUACUUUUGUAUUAGACUACAGCUUUACUAGCAUUAGCAAAAAACUAACUCUCUAUAGAGAGUAAAUAAGUAAUAUAUAUUAAUGAAAGGAAACUAUUUAAUAAGUAUGUUUGAUGUUUUUAUUUUUGGGACAACUGUAGACAUUUUUUAAUCAUUGCUUGUUGAUUUGUGUUUUGUAAGCACAUCGCUCAUCUGUUUGUAAGUAACGCUUCUGUUCACCGCUGUUUAAAUGAAUCACAUUUGAGUCUUGCGCUUUGUAAAUUGCCAAUCCCAGUGGCACGACUCUGCUGGAAACUGUUUGAUCUGUUGAACUGCUCUUAAUCUGAUUUCAGGGAGCUUUGCAGCCUACGUGCUCUUUCUCUUCUCAAUAAAAAAAAAAGAAACAACA